AUGGCAGACAACGAAAAGAUCACGAUGGCGCGACAACACGAAGACUCCGACUCGAGCUCUCCUACUCGUCACGAGAAAGAAGCUUCUGCGACAGCCGAGUACGUCCCUCCAGACACGUCCAAUGUCAAUCCGAAAGCGGUCCUGUUGAAGAUGGACCUACACCUCAUUCCAAUGCUCGCCCUCCUCUAUCUCCUCUCUUUCCUCGAUCGCGGCAAUAUUGGCAAUGCGAAGAUUGAGGGACUAGUAGAGUCGUUACACAUGUCAGGCCCACAGUACAACUGGACUCUCACCGUCUUCUUCUUCACCUACGCCGCCUUCGAAGUGCCCUCCAAUCUCCUCCUCAAGCGCCUCCGUCCCUCAAUCUGGUUGCCUACAAUUAUGGUAGCAUGGGGUACGGUCAUGACCCUGAUGGGCAUUGUACAGAAUUUCAAGGGCUUGCUUAUUGCGAGACUAUUCCUCGGCGUUACGGAAGCUGGGCUUUACCCUGGCGUUGCAUACUACAUCACCCUCUGGUAUGUGCGAACGGAAGCGCAAUUCAGGCAAGCAUUGUUCUUCAGCGCAGCCAGUGUCGCAGGCGCAUUCUCUGGUCUCCUCGCUUUCGGCAUCGCGAAGAUGGAUGGAGUAGGCGGGUACGAUGGCUGGAGAUGGAUCUUCAUCCUCGAGGGAAUCUUGACAGUCUUGGUUGCCAUCAUAGGAUACUUUACGAUCUACGAUUUUCCGGAGACUGCAAAGUUCCUGACUCCGGAAGAAAAAGAAUGGGUCAUACACAGAUUGAAAUAUCAAGGAAGUCAGCAGUCAGACAAGCUGGUAGCGGAAGCAGCAGAGUUCAAAUGGCGAUACGUACUGGACGCCUUCUCAGACUGGCAAAUAUACUUGGGCAUAUGGAUGUACUGGGGCAUCGUGGCUCCCCUUUAUGGAACGUCCCUCUUCCUCCCGAGUAUCAUUAAAGAGCUCGGAUACGAGAGCUCCACCGCUCAACUCCUCACAGUCCCCAUCUACAUUACCGCCGCCGUCCUCGCCAUCGGGGUAGCAUGGACAUCCGAUCGCACUGGCCAACGAUCGCCCUACAUAUUUACAUGCAUGUGCGCGAUUCUCAUCGGCUUUAUCAUCUGCAUCUCUGCGUCCGCUCACGGCGGCGUGCCAGGCGUUGUCUACGCGGGCAUCUUCAUCGCUGUCUGUGGGAUCUACCCAGCUUUUCCGGGCAAUGUUACGUGGAUCUCGAAUAAUCUCGCGGGGAGCUACAAGCGCUCGGCGGGGAUGGCGAUGCAUAUUGGGAUUGGGAAUUUGGCUGGAGGUGAGACGUUCCCUUUCGCUCCCCCUUUACUCUCCUUCUGUUCCACCCCUGCGUAUACUGACACGACCGCUAGCAAUGUCAUCGAACUUCUACCGCUCCAAAGACAUGCCGAAAUACGUGCUUGGCCAUGGGCUGGAGAUCGCAUUCGUAUCAGUUGGAUUGUGCGCGGUGGUGUGUUUGAGGCUGAACUAUCAGAGGAUCAAUAG